AUGGGCUCGGGGCGCGUCCCCGGGCUCUGCCUGCUCGUCCUGCUGGUCCACGCGCGCGCCGCCCAGCAUGGCAAAGCUGCGCAAGACGUGGAUGAAUGUGUGGAAGGCACCGACCAUUGCCACAUCGACGCCAUCUGCCAGAACACUCCGAGGUCAUACAAAUGCAUCUGCAAGUCCGGCUACACAGGGGAUGGCAAACACUGCAAAGACGUGGAUGAGUGUGAGCGGGAGGACAACGCCGGCUGCGUACACGACUGUGUCAACAUUCCUGGCAACUACCGGUGUACCUGCUAUGACGGAUUCCAUCUGGCACACGAUGGGCACAACUGCCUGGAUGUAGACGAAUGUGCUGAAGGCAACGGCGGCUGCCAGCAGAGCUGUGUCAACAUGAUGGGCAGCUACGAGUGCCACUGCCGAGAAGGCUUCUUCCUCAGCGACAAUCAGCACACCUGUAUCCAGCGGCCAGAAGAAGGCAUGAACUGCAUGAACAAGAACCACGGCUGUGCGCACAUUUGCCGGGAGACGCCCAAGGGGGGCAUUGCCUGCGAAUGCCGGCCCGGCUUCGAGCUCACCAGGAAUCAACGGGACUGCAAAUUGACCUGCAACUAUGGCAAUGGUGGUUGCCAGCACACGUGCGACGACACGGAGCAGGGCCCCCGCUGUGGCUGCCAUGUCAAGUUUGUGCUCCACACCGACGGAAAGACAUGCAUCGGGGAGAGACGGCCAGAGCAGCACAUGCCCACUCAGGCCGUUUCUAAUGAGACCUGCGCCGUCAACAACGGAGGCUGCGACAGUAAGUGCCACGACGCGGUGACCGGUGUGCACUGCAGCUGCCCUGUGGGCUUCAUGCUGCAGCCAGACAGGAAGACCUGCAAAGACAUAGAUGAGUGCCGCUUAAACAACGGGGGCUGCGACCACAUCUGCCGAAACACGGUGGGCAGCUUUGAGUGCAGCUGCAGGAAAGGCUACAAGCUCCUCAUCAACGAAAGGAGCUGCCAGGAUAUAGACGAGUGCUCCUUCGAUCGGACCUGCGACCACAUGUGCGUCAACACGCCCGGAAGCUUCCAGUGUCUGUGCCAUCGAGGCUACCUGCUGUACGGCGUCACUCACUGUGGGGACGUGGACGAGUGCAGCAUCAACAAGGGAGGCUGCCGCUUCGGCUGUGUCAACACCCCCGGCAGCUAUCAGUGUACCUGCCCGGCAGGCCAGGGCCGCCUUCACUGGAAUGGAAAGGAUUGCACAGAGCCGGUGAAAUGUCACAGCAGCCCAGGGGCCUCGAAAGCCAUGCUCAGCUGCAGUCGGUCUGGCAAGAAGGACACGUGUGCCCUGACCUGCCCCUCUCGGGCCCGGUUUCUGCCAGAGUCGGAGAAUGGCUUCACGGUGAGCUGCGGUACCCCCAGCCCCAAAGCUGCCGCAGCACGAGGCAGCCACCCUGGAAACGCCACCACCUCCAGCUCUUGCCAUGAGGCUGCAGUGCUGCCGGUCAAGCAGAGGGCCUCCUUCAAGGUCAAGGACGCCAAAUGUCGCCUGCACCUGCGAAACAAAGGCAAAGCGGAGGAAGCCGGCAGAACCCCAGGGCCAGGUGGUGGCCCCUGCUCUGACUGCCAGGUCACCUUCAUCCACCUCAAGUGUGACUCCUCUCGAAAGGGCAAGGGCCGACGGGCCCGGACCCCUCCAGGCAAGGAGGUUACCCGGCUCACCCUGGAGUUAGAAGCUGAGGUCAGAGCUGAAGAAACGACAGCUGGCUGUGGGCUGCCCUGCCUCCGGCAGCGGAUGGAACGAAGACUGAAGGGGACCCUGAAGAUGCUCAGAAAGUCCAUCAACCAGGACCGAUUCCUGCUGCGUCUAGCGGGCCUCGACUAUGAGCUGGCCCACAAGCCGGGCCUGCUAGCUGGGGACCGAACAGAGCCAGCGGAGGUCUGCCGGCCCGGGCAGCACCGAGCAGGCACCAAGUGUGUCAGCUGCCCGCAGGGAACGUAUUACCACGGCCAGACGGAGCAGUGUGUGCCAUGCCCAGCGGGCACCUUCCAGGAGAGGGAAGGGCAGCUCUCCUGCGACCUCUGCCCUGGGAGUGAUGCCCACGGGCCUCUUGGAGCCACCAACGUCACCACGUGUGCAGGUCAGUGCCCACCAGGCCAGCAUUCAGUAGAUGGGUUCAAGCCCUGCCAGCCAUGCCCACGGGGCACCUAUCAGCCCGAAGCAGGACGGACCCUGUGCUUCCCUUGUGGUGGAGGCCUCACUACCAAGCAUGAGGGCGCAGUCUCCUUCCAGGACUGUGACACCAAAGUCCAGUGCUCCCCGGGCCACUACUACAACACCAGCACCCAUCGCUGUAUCCGCUGUGCCGUGGGCUCCUACCAGCCCGACUUCCGUCAGAACUUCUGCACCCGCUGCCCAGGAGAUACCAGCACCGACUUUGACGGCUCCACCAGUGUGGCCCAGUGCAAGAAUCGGCAGUGUGGCGGGGAGCUGGGCGAGUUCACUGGCUACAUCGAGUCUCCCAACUACCCCGGCAACUACCCAGCUGGCGUGGAGUGCGUCUGGAACAUCAACCCCCCACCCAAGCGCAAGAUCCUGAUCGUGGUCCCCGAGAUCUUCCUGCCCUCCGAGGACGAGUGUGGCGACGUCCUGGUCAUGAGGAAGAACUCCUCACCAUCCUCCAUCACCACUUACGAGACCUGCCAGACCUACGAGCGCCCCAUCGCCUUCACGGCCCGGUCCAGGAAACUCUGGAUCAACUUUAAGACCAGUGAGGCCAACAGUGCACGUGGUUUCCAGAUUCCCUAUGUGACCUAUGAUGAGGACUAUGAGCAGCUGGUGGAAGACAUCGUGAGGGAUGGUCGGCUGUACGCCUCGGAAAAUCACCAGGAGAUACUAAAGGACAAGAAGCUUAUCAAGGCCUUCUUUGAGGUCCUGGCCCACCCACAGAACUACUUCAAGUACACAGAGAAGCACAAGGAGAUGCUGCCAAAAUCCUUCAUCAAGCUGCUGCGCUCCAAAGUCUCCAGCUUCUUGAGGCCUUACAAAUAGUGCCUGUGGGCCCAGAGACCCAGGUUUCAAGAGCGCUGCCUCCCUGACCCUCAGAGCUGGCACCCCAACCUCAGACAAGAAACUGCCCUCUCCUUUUGGAGGAGAAAUAUCACUACAGCAGGCACUCCCCUUCUGUCUUUCUAGUUCCCUUGUCUCCCGUCUCUCUCUUUACAUGGCCCCUAGAAAAGCCGUUCAAGCCGUCUCUGUUCCUCCAAGAGGUGCUCUGCUCUGCCCACCUUACCAGCUCACAUCCCCGGCCCCUUGUCAGUCUGGAAGGGUGCUGGAGGCCCAGGAGAGGAACAGGCCUGCUAGGGAGUAGGGGUGGGUAAGAAAGGCUUCUGCCAUUAUAGGGUUGUGCCUUGCUGGCUAGCCAGGAGUCAAAAUGGCCCCUGCUGUGCUCCCCAGGGUGACUCUUCACAGCCCAGAGUCCUGCCAGAGAAGCCUUUGACACGACAGGUUUAUGCCCACGCCAGGCUGCCGGGGCACACCGUGAGCCCCGGGGUGCCCGCUCAGUCGGUGUUCUCUGGAACACUCCCUGCUGUCUGCCUGGGGCUGCUCCAUAGGGCUUACAUGUUCCAUAGCCCUGGGCUGGCAAGCCGCAGCCGAGUAAGGGAGAGCAGCAGCCUUGUAUGCCAGCACCCUGCUGGCGCUCCCAACAUAGAGCACCCUCAGCCAGCUCUGCAGGACAGAAAGCAGGUUUUCAAAGCAUCGCCCAAAACAUAAAGCAAAUAUCACCAAAAGGACUCAACUGCAGACAAGUAGAAGCCAGCCUCAAACACUAACCUCCUUGCCAGUCCUCCCUGGCCCAGCCACACCCUCACCCCACCUAAGUGUUCCCCGGGGGGGGGCCCACUCCCCUUACUAAGUGCUGUCCUUAAACCUGGCCGUUGACCCUCGCCAGCCUAGAUCGUGCUCCACAGCUGUUUUUCCCUUGUAGCCCCAGGUGGCUUGUGGGCUCCACCAGAGGACCCCACUCUGCAAGCAGCCUGGAGCUGCCUACCUCCGGCCUCGGGCUGUGGGCAGCAAGAGGAACGAACGCAUGUGUGCCCUGGGCAGGCCGCCUGGCCACCGUGCCCACAUCUGAGAAGUGCAAUCAUUUUUGAGUCUUUCUGUGUCGAUUAGAGGGAGGGGGGUUGGUUUUCGUUUGUUUCUUUUUCCUCUUAGAAUAACCCUAUUUAUAGCUGCCCAGGAGGGAAGACUGUGUUGGGAGUGGAGGAAUAGCAGUUUGACGCUCAGGAACCUUGAGCGCUGGAGCAUGUCUGUCCUGCCUGAAGCCACCCUCAGCUGUGCCGAGCCAGGGCAUUCCCUCACAGGCAGCCAAAGUGUAGGAGAGCAGCUCUGGUGACCUGAUGAAGCGGGGAGAGGGCUGUUGGCUAAGCUGACACUGCCACCCUCGCGCCUCUCUGGAUUAUAGAUGCAGACGGAGCUGGUCAGUGAUCUGCUGCAGGUAGGGAAGCCUCUGGCCUUUUCUUGCCUCCAUGUUGUCCUCUGGCAUGCACCCGGAAGAAGAUCAGGACGAACUCUAGGGAUGGGUCAGCUCAGGCUCCCAAGACGACCAGAGAAGGCUGGAGCAGCCUAGACCAGGACAAGUAUCCACGCACGAGGCUGGUGAAGGAACGAGAAGCAGCAGAGCUGACUUCAAGCCUGUUUCAACAGCUGCUCUCCAAAAGGAAGAAUGGUGUCAACGCCCAAGGCCAGGCUCUGCGCCCUAUAAAGUCCGCAACUGCUCCUUCUCGGUUGCCGAGACCAUAGUCCUGGACAGUCACCAGCCACCAGUGACUCCUUAGGUCCAACCCUAGGUGACUGCCAAGAGAGGCAACACUAAAGUCUGAUCCACACACGCCAGCCAACGGCAAGCAAAGCCAGCUUCUUGGACAUGUUAGCCAACACCGUGGGCGUCUGCUGUCUGUCUUCUGGGUCAGAGAGCUAUUGUAAAGCUGUCAAGUGGCUUCCUUCAAGAAGGGUACGUGGACUGUCUGUACUUCUCCAGAAGUGCCACAGAGCAGCCCGAAGCAGCCUUGACUAUCCUACCAGAAGCAAGGAGAACUGAGAGUCCUCUUUCCCUGCCAUUUGCCCAGCUCCUGGAAAGCCACACAGCCACAGUGCCUCCCAGUAUGUGCCAUUAGGAUAUGGUUUCUCCUUGCUCCCUUUGCUAUCACACCACACAUGCGCAGAUCCUGCCUGUGAUCAUUUGUUCUGUGGCUGAGGGCACAUGCGUUCCAUGGUUCAGGCCACUAGGCCUAGCUCCUAUCAAGAUGGAUGAGGAGAUCAAGCGAGGACUUGCCACUGUCAACCAAGCUGGCAGUGAGGAAUCCAGGCAGAGCGGCUGCUGAACUUACGGAAGGUACAGGCCCUGGGGCAUCUAAGUGGGGGCAAAGUGGAUUGAACGAGGAGUCAACUCAGGGACUUUCUAGGACUGCACAGGUUAGACAAAAGGUUUCUAGGAGGAAGUGUGGGCAGGGAAGGGAAGAUGGUGUAACAGGAACCCCUUACCAACUGACUCAGAAGCCUCUCUGUGGGCCAUGGUGGCUGUGAGGCCACAGGACCAUGGCACCUCAUCCAUCUUAGCACAGACCUGCUCUGAAGGGAGUCCUGCCGUGGGAAGUCAUUUCCACGCGGCCUCUAAGCACCAAGUGACUGACACAUCUCAAGCAGGCUCUUGGGUCCUUGGCAGCACCUCAGUGCCUCUUUAGCCCUCCGCCUCUGCCAGCCAAUCCCUGACGCGUGAAGGGGUUCUCAGAAUUAGGAGAAGACUGACCAGAGCCGGGACCUUAGUAGCCUGCCCUAUGCCUUCCGCGAUCCUCAGAGGAUUGCCAUCAUUGUGCUCAGUUCCCCGGAACAUGGAGGAAAAAGGACAGAUCUGUUGCUUCAAGUUCAGUGGUGCAGUCUGGGCUCUGGCUUCUGCAUCUUUGUGAAUCUGCAAAGUCCUUUUCUCUGUGUCUUAAGGUGGAUUAGGAAGUUGUAUCCCAGUGUGUCAGAAGAGGCUGUCACACACUCAAGUGUCUGCUUUUGCUGCUGAGCUUCAAGUAGUGGAGCAGAGGCGAUGUGUAACUGUCCCCAAGCAGGACGUUUCCCAGCCUGGUUUCACUCCUAAGCAGACGCUGUCUCAGAGCUAGCACAUGCUGCCCUUCUGCCAUUAUUCGGAUUAGGAAUCUUUAAAAGAGGGACUAGAAGCCCCUUUCUGCUCUCAGCUUACCAAGACAAAACAAUGGUAGCAGUUUGGACAAGCUAAGAAUUUUCUGUGUGAGUUGAAGUUUCAGAGAAUAAUUACCAUGCGGAAGGCUUUUUUUUUUUUUUUUAAUGCAGAAGAAAAUCUCAAUACUGUAUUUAUAUCUGCCUUCCACUGCCAAUACAGCAAGCAUCUCAGCUGACAGUAAAUACCAACAAUGUGGUUCAUACAGUAUUUUGCACUUGGGGAAAAUUAUGUAUCUGAACUUGUAAAGAGGAAUGUUUGAAUUUUGUAUUGUCUUUUUUAUAUUAUUAAAAUACUAAAUGAAACUCCUCAGUCUGGCAUUCAUCUUUUCUUCUACCUCAACAGC